UUCCAGCCGGGCCGGUUCGGCCGCGCGAAACAUUUUCAGUUCUCAUCGCUGCGAUGCCGGUGGCGCACGUCACGCUUGUCGCCCGCCGACGACGCUGCGUUACGACGAUCGUGCCGUACUUCUUUAACAACUAAUAAAUCAAGCGAACCGAACGAAGUAAACCCUCACGAACAGAUUAUAACUCGAUAUGAGAUAACAGGCUCGCGGCACGACUGCGGUGAUUAAUCACACAAGUCCGUUCAACUCGAAUGAUCUGAACGGAAGAAUAAUCUCUCCGAUUUCGGUUUAGUUGCGCGUAAUGUAAACAGAUAAACAUUGAAGUUUUCCGGUAUCAUUUGUUGACUUGAGGAUAGCAGUAGUUGUAGGAGCUCUGUAUGGACUGAUGCGAGGAACUAUGCUCGUUGGCAGAACGUGUAGUUAGUGUGUGCGACUUAGAUGUGCGUUGGGUAGAGCCGCGGCGUGAACGAUGGGUGCUAGUGGACAAUGGACAGCUGGGGUGCUGUGGGUGGUGCUGGCGUCGGUGCUGGCCGACUCCUGGACUGCGUACCAGGAGCAGCCUUGUUGCCGGCCCGUGUCACAUCACCGCGUGAGGCACCACAGAGAUCAUAUACGAGAAUUCUCUUGCGGAAGUCUCUUCUACCGUACUUUGUACCUCAAUGAAGAAAGAAAUACACUUUACGUUGGUGCUAUGGAUCGUGUAUUCAGACUAAAUAUGACUGAUAUUAGUCAGUCGCAUUGUGAGCGGGACGCGUUGUUGCUGGAGGCGAGCAACGUGGCCAGGUGUGUGAGUAAGGGCAAGUCUGAGCCCUUCGAGUGCAGGAAUCAUAUUCGGGUGCUACAGCCUCUUGGUGAUGGAGAGAGGUUAUACGUGUGCGGGACUAAUGCACACAGUCCGAAAGACUGGGUCGUCUAUCUGAAUCUCACUCACUUGCCUCGACAUGAGUACGUGCCGGGCGUAGGGCUAGGGGUGGCGAAGUGUCCUUACGACCCGGCAGACAACAGCACAGCAGUGUGGGUGACGGAUGGUAACCCUGGCGGACUUCCCACACUCUAUGCGGGAACUAACGCAGAGUUCACGAAAGCAGACCCUGUUAUAUUUCGAAACGAUUUGUACGAUUUCCGAACGGGACAGAAGAAAUAUAACUUUAAAAGAACAUUAAAGUACGAUUCCAAGUGGCUUGACAAAACUAAUUUCGUGGGUUCUUUCGACGUUGGAGAGUACGUGCUAUUCUUCUUUCGAGAAACUGCUGUGGAGUUUAUGAACUGCGGAAAAGCUGUCUACUCGAGAGUGGCGAGAGUCUGUAAACACGAUACCGGUGGAAAACAUAUAUUAAGCCAGAACUGGGCCACAUAUUUGAAAGCGAGGCUCAAUUGUAGUAUACCGGGAGAGUUCCCCUUCUAUUUUGAUGAAAUUCAGAGCGUGUACCAAAUGCCGGGUGAUACGACGCGGUUUUAUGCGGCAUUCACGACGGGAGCUAGCGAUGGCCUGGUUGGCUCGGCCAUUUGCACUUACACCAUGGACGACAUACAGGAGGCAUUCGCAGGAAGAUUCAAGGAACAGGCAUCAUCAAGUUCAGCAUGGUUACCUGUGCUAAGAGCUCGCGUGCCAGUUCCCAGGCCAGGCACUUGUGUCAACAAUACGGAAGCUCUUCCCGACAAUGUGCUCAAUUUUAUCAGGUCUCAUCCGUUAAUGGACUCAGCGGUGCGUCACGAAGGAGAUGCCCCAGCCUUCUACAAGCGGGACCUAGUGCUGACUACCAUCGUAGUAGACCGGCAGUUUGUCGAUAUGUUGGGGGAUGACAUCACGUAUACCGUCUUCUAUGCUGGCACUAGUGCUGGUGAAGUGUACAAGAUAGUGCAAUGGGCAGGGGGUGGAGGCGGUGGAUCCCGUGUGGCUGAUGUAUGGCGGGCGGCUGGGGAUGAGCCUGUGCGGGCUUUGGCAAUCUCCAGGCGAUUGCACGCGUUAUACUUAGCAACUGACAACCGUCUUCGACAGCUGCCGUUAAGAGCUUGUGCGCAUCGGUACGACAGUUGUGUUCGCUGCGUGUUGGAUCCUUAUUGUGGAUGGGAUAAAGAAGUUGGGGCCUGCCGUCCAUACAGUCCAGGGUUACUCCACGAUGCCACCAACUCCACUCCCUCAAUUUGCGAAGCCAGUGCACCAUUGAAGACUGUGAGGGCUGGCUAUGGGCAAAGUGUCCAUUUAGCAGCGUAUGGAAAGACCCCAGAAGCGCUAAAAGAUCAGCACGUCAUCUGGUAUCACCAUUCAAGAGAAAAGGGACGGUACAAAAUUAAUUAUAAUUGGGAUCGAGUUCUGCAAACAUCAGAACGUGGUCUAGUGUUACUGUCGGUAACAGAAUCAGAUCGAGGCCGGUACGAAUGUUAUUUUGGACCCACCUUGAUCGCCUCUUAUAACUUGGACAUCGAUAUAAACAGAUGUACUCAACCGAGUAAGUCGCAGGAAUACAAGCAAGUCUACUCAGACUGGUGCCAUGAGUUCGAGAAGUAUAAGAGCGCCAUGAAGGCUUGGGAGUCACGGCAAAUGCAAUGCUCCAAAAGCCUGAAUGCAUCGAGCCAGCAAAACAGUAUGUCCAACGAGAUCGUGGCUUCGCUGCGGUGAUAGGGCACAGCUCGCUAGUGAUUAAUGAACGAUUACACACACCGAGCCACGCUAACGUAAACUACCCGAUAUUUUGCAGACGCAUUCCCAUCCCCUUACUAUCGGAUUAUUCUAACAGAGCGUAUGUGCUACUAUCUUGAUGUAUGAGUACAACCAUUUUGUUCUUCUUCACGAAUUGUUUAACAGAAAAUUAAUUUUUCUACUUAGAUUUCAUUUAAGUUCCUUGUUUCUGUAAGUGAAUAUUGUGAAACAAAAUAUUUUUCACAUUAAUUAGAACUGUCAGCAGAGUAAGUAACAUUCACCCAGCGUGAGUUGACAGACGAGAUACGAUGGUUGGGGAGUCUCCAACUAAAAGGGGAACGAUAAUGUAGUGAGGGGAUGAUCUGUUAAAAUAGAUUUGUUGUCCGUUCCGAAGAGUGCGCGGUGAUGGAUGACUGACUUCUGUUCAAGUUUCGCAUACAAGUUUUUCUUUGUUAUCCAAUAAAGUAUCGCAUAGUUUAUAUUAGUCAUAAGUAAUCGAGGAAUAAAAUAUUAACGAAAGCGACUGAAUAUAAUAUAGUAAGGACAACGGUCUCGUCGAAAUAUUUAGCGCUUCAAUGACCGAGUUGGACCGUUCGCCUUCGCAAUGAAAUUCUACUGUAAAUAUGUCAAAAAUGACAGAUUUAAGGGUGCGACGACACCUGUAUAAAAUGCUGUGAUAUCAGUUCUCAUUGGAUCAUUGUGCUGGCGCAUUAAAUUGUAAUUUGUGAUAAAAUUAUUUGCAAAAAGAAUAUUAGACGUUAUGUCUUAGUUUAAUACUGUGAGCACAAAAUAUAGAUUGCACCAACUUUCGUAACAAAGAUAUUUACAUAUUAGACACGCCAGUUUGUUAAACAGUAAUAUAAUAAAAUGUGACAGUUCCUUGUGUUGACUAAGUUCAUAAAUAACGUUUAAGUUUGGUGCAGUCGAUGGUAAGCCCGUACUUGACAAGUGAAGUACGUAAACUUAUUUAUAGGAGGUCGUGUUCCCCGAGUUUGGGGAUGUUUAAAAUAAAGAGCAAUACAAACGCCAACUUAGAUGUAAGAAAAAUGUAAUGAGGACAUGCUUGUUUGUACCGUGUCGAGGCGAUGCGUAGACUUGUAGCUAUCAUUAUUUUGUUUGUAUAAGUUCAAGUAGCGGCUGACUGUUGCGUGUUGACAAUGCUCUACAAUGUAGUCCCGCGAUUUGUGUUUCAAAAACUUGUUAUUGAUUUGUUGCCAUAAAAUGUAAUUUUAGGCCCGACUUCGGACUUUGAAACCGAAUUUAAUAGUUGGUCGUGUUUUCGGUUGAGUUUAUAAUAAUCUCGCUAGAAUAGUGCCUUGUGAAGCAUGCUUACAUUACGAUAAAUUAAAACUUAUUAAAGUUUAUUGAGUAGAUAAUAUUUUUGUGUACUAUGUAAAGAGAAAUUGAUGACGAUAGUUGUUAAGUGAAUCAAUCGUAAAAUAAAGCAAUAACGUUCCACUGAAUUAAUAGUCACCAGUAUUAUAUAAUAUAAAUGAUCUGCAGAGAGUAGAUAGUGAUUGUAUUCGAGAAAAAUAUAGACUUUAAGAGUUUGAAAAGUUGCGAUGCUCUACGGUAUAAUUAUGUCGAUGUUACUGGCUGUAUCGAGCCUCGCUUAGUUUGUCCUCCGAAUUGUUAUUUAUUGUUGUUUCGCCCAAUAAUGGAAUUAUGUUUGACAAUUAAAAAUAAGUUGGUAAGUUCGCCAGGUAAUGUUAUACCCCAAUAUAAUCUUGUAUACUUUCUCAUGCUGCCUUGUAUAAAGAUAAAAUCGUACUUGUUGUAUGUUGUGAUCGAAGUUCAAAUUAUACAAAGCGGUGUUAGAAACCUUCGCAUUUUUUCUAUUUAUUAAUGUAAUUUUUAUUUAAGUAUAAAUAAACAGUAAUUGCCAUUACUCAAAAUGUUACUUAUUGUAUAAAAAUACUUAUUGUAAAUAAUUACAAAUGUAGAAGAAACGCUAUGAAAUAUGUUUAUUGUAAAUUAUAUAAUUAAG